AUGGCUGACACGGGAGGAGAAUCCAACAUUCCCGCGAUACCGGGCCACGACCCCAAGUCCUCGGUCGACUACAUCCAGUUCAAGUGUCUUCCGCCGGGGGGGCCGUUGAAUAGGUGGUCUACGACGUUGACCAGAGAGCAUGACUUUCCAGGAGCACAGGCUAUGCUCUACGGAGCUGGUGUCCCUGAUGAAAAGACGAUGAAGAAUGCGGCCCAAGUUGGCAUUGCUAGCGUUUGGUGGGAGGGAAACCCGUGCAACACCCAUUUGCUUGAAUUUGGCAAGAUUGUCAAGAAUUCAGUGGAAAGAGAAGGCAUGCUCGGCUGGCAGUUCAACACGGUCGGUGUAUCUGAUGCCAUCACCAUGGGCGGCGACGGCAUGAGAUUCUCCCUCCAAACCCGAGAACUCAUCGCCGACUCCAUCGAAUCCGUCACAUCAGCACAACACCACGACGCCAACAUCUCCAUCCCCGGCUGUGACAAGAACAUGCCGGGCGUAAUCAUGGCCGCAGCCCGGCACAACAGGCCCUUCAUCAUGAUCUACGGCGGCACCAUCCGCAAGGGCCACUCCACCCUGCUGGAGCGCAACGUCAACAUUAGCACCUGCUACGAAGCCAGCGGCGCCUACACCUACGGCCGCCUCCAGGCCAAGACGGACCCCGACAAGCCCGGCCGCCAAAGCUCAGACGUCAUGUCCGACAUUGAGAAGCACGCCUGUCCGGGGGCCGGCGCCUGCGGCGGUAUGUACACGGCCAACACCAUGGCCACGGCCAUCGAAGCCAUGGGCCUCACUCUCCCGGGCUCGUCGUCAUACCCGGCGCUCUCCCCCGAGAAGAGCCGCGAGUGCGAACGAGCAGGCCAAGUCAUCAAAACCACCAUGGAGAAGGACAUCCGGCCCCGCGACCUCCUCACCCGCGCGGCCUUUGAAAACGCCCUCGUGCUGACCAUGAUCCUCGGCGGCUCUACCAACGGCGUGCUGCACUUCCUCGCCAUGGCCAACACGGCCGGCGUCCCCCUCACAAUCGACGACGUCCAGCGCGCCAGCGAUCGCACUCCCUUCCUCGCAGACCUCGCCCCCAGCGGCAAGUACCUCAUGGAAGACCUCUACCAAGUAGGCGGCACCCCCUCCGUCCUCAAGAUGCUCAUCGCCAAAAACCUCAUCGACGGAUCCAUCAUGACCGUCACGGGCAAGACCCUCGCCGAAAACGUAUCGGACUGGCCGUCCCUCGACCCUGGCCAACAAAUCAUCCGCCCGCUCGACAACCCCAUCAAAUCCAGCGGCCACAUCCGCAUCCUCAGAGGAAACAUGGCUCCCGGUGGGGCCGUCGCCAAAAUCACCGGCAAGGAAGGCCUCUCCUUCACCGGCAAAGCACGCGUGUACAACUGCGAGCGCGACCUCAACACCGCCCUGUCAAGGGGCGAAAUCAAGCGCGAGGACGGGAACCUCGUCCUCAUCGUGCGGUACGAGGGGCCCAAGGGCGGUCCCGGCAUGCCCGAGCAGCUACGUGCCAGCGCGGCCAUCAUGGGCGCCGGCCUGAACAACGUGGCUCUCGUUACGGACGGUAGGUACAGCGGCGCUUCACACGGCUUCAUUGUCGGCCAUGUGGUUCCCGAGGCGGCGGUCGGGGGACCAAUUGCCCUGGUUCAAGAUGGCGAUGAAGUCACCAUUGAUGCUGAGAGGAAUCGUAUCGAUGCUGCUGUGUCGGAUGAAGAGAUGGCGCUUAGAAAGGCGGCGUGGAAGGCUCCCGAGCCGAGGGUCAAGAGGGGUGUGUUGGCGAAAUAUGCGAAAUUAGUCGGUGAUGCUAGCCAUGGUGCUGUGACGGACGGAUGGUGA